AUGGCAUCAUCUAAGGCUUCUAUCUUCUCCUUCCUUCCUCUUUACAACCUACUUUCUGCUUCUGCCUGGGCUUAUGUCCUAUAUCAAGUCGUGACCCUUUACCCAAAGAUCGGUCAACCAAGUUUCUUUAUUGCUACCAAGGAUUUAGUCACGUACGUUCAAUGCGGUGCUAUAAUUGAAGUCACAAAUUCUUUGUUUGGAAUAGUCCGUGCUCCGCUAGUGACCACUGCUGCUCAAGUGGCCUCUCGACUCUUGGUAGUCAUCGGUAUCUUCCAGUAUGUGCCGGAAGCAGAAAAUGCGCAUAAAAUAUAUUACAUCACGUUGUUGUCGGCAUGGUGUAUUGCUGAAAUAGUGAGGUACAUGUUCUACUUCUUCAACUUGGUGGCUCAAGCGCCUACUGUACUUGUUGUAUUGAGAUAUAACAUGUUUUACGUGCUAUAUCCAUUGGGCGUCGGCAGCGAAUUGUUCAUAAUUUAUUCUGCAUUGCCGUUGGCUGAAGCAAAAUACAAUAUCUUGUACAAGUAUUUCUUAAUUGCAGGUAUGCUAGCCUACAUUCCAGGGUUCCCGGUGCUAUUCUCACACAUGGUUGCCCAAAGAAGGAAGGUCAUGAGAUCCUUGAACGGUGAUAAACGCAAAUCUGCAUGA